AUGUUUACUUUCCUCAGCUAUAUAAUACAAGUUACAUAUGGAUUCGGUUUUGGAAACCCCGAGAUUUGGUUGAUGAAUAAGAUUGUCUUUUUCCAGCGUCUCGAUAGCAUCAAGAACCUCCGCACUUUGCCCACAUCAUCGUUCGUCCGAAAUAAGGAGGUCCCUGGUAAAUGCCCAUUCGAUUCCUGGUAUCGCGGACCAUCGAUUCACAACUGCGUAUAUCACCCCCACAGACCCGGCACCAUUCGAGACGUCGCUAGGACGUUUAGAUUUUACUGUUCUCCGGAGUGCUUAAAGCAAGGCUAUAGGUUUCUGGCGGAUGAGCAUUGUCUCCCCUGCCCAGCUAGUGAUAAGGAGGACGAUUGUAUGUAUUGUCCCUGGGCUACUAUUGAGGAGGACGAGGCUGCGGAGCACAGCACUACGGCUACGUUAGGACCGGACUUAGCAGCACCAGGAAGUGGUCGUGACCAAUCGCCUGUUAAUGAAACGCCUGCAUUAGCAGGAUCAUGCUGGACUGCUGUAGCAAAUACGCGGACGUAUACGCCGACACCAGAAGAUACCGAUCGGGUGCUCUGUGUGAAAGUAUACAGCACUGAGCCGAUACCAUACCACUCCUCCUCCUCCUCAACUACUCGCAGGUGUAGGACAGCCGAUGAUAGAGUAGAUGACGAUAGCAGCGAAUCAGAGGAUGCAUGUAUGGCUGAUCGGGAAGGGACGGGGAGGUCUCGGAGGAGUGAUAACGCCUCCACGGACUCAGGACCGGUUAUUGCGGGUGGUACUCUCCAACCAUUGACAUCGAUCUCACAAACUGGCAGUGGAUCUGUGUAUCUCAUGACCAUGCCGUGCUUUGACCCAAUGACUUAUUCACCACCACUUCGGGAAAUGCUGUCGGUUUAUGGGGCGUUGGAUCACAUAGCCACGGGUCAGGCGAUAAAGCUGUUGAAUUGGAAUAUCCUUGCGGAUAUAUAUUGUACGCCACAACAGUACCCGUAUUGUCCCCCGUGGGCAUUGAGUUGGAAUUAUAGGAGGCAUUUGAUUAUAAAACAGAUAGCAGCGUUAGAAGGAGAUAUAGUGUGUCUGCAGGAAGUCCAGUCGGAUCAUUUGUAUACAUCUUUGUUACCAGCACUGGAGGGUUUGGGAUUUGGUUACUUAUACGCUCCGAAAACUAGGAGAAUAUUCACGGAUAAAUAUUGCGAGGAAGGGUGCGCGAUUUUGUAUAGAAAAAGUAGAUUUUCUGUCGUGGAUUCAUUCACCAUUGAAUUUGACGCCCAUGCUAAGGACAGCGCAAGAUAUCAGGGCGCGCGAAAUACGAAGCAACGGAAUAGAUUGAGUAAAGGGAAUGUUGCUCUAGCGUGCUUGUUGGAAGAUUCGCGACCUCUGGGAAUUGUUAAUACGCAUAUUACUGCAGAUGUUGAUGCUGGGGAUGUUAAAUUGUGGCAGGCUAUGUGCAUGCUGGAAGUUGUACAGGGCUGGAGUAACAGCCAAAAUGGAGUGCUACCGGUCAUCGUGUGUGGUGAUUUUAAUUCAACACCGGAAUCAGCGGUUUAUGAACUCCUCACGACUGGUCGGCUGAGCCCCUCCUCCAUACCGGUUACUCUCUUAUGGAGAGCAGCCAGAAAUCGAGGAAAUCGUUUUCCAGAAUUUAUGUAUUCUUUGGUACGCCCUGACGGCCGACACUGUGUAGCACUCGCUGAUGCGGCGUUGGCUCAUCUAUUAGCUGCCGGGCGUGGCGAUUCGAUGCACGGGGAGGAGGACCUUGUUCGGAUAUGUGUUUUAUUACACCGAUUGAGGCCGCUAGCAGAAUCGAUGAUGGGUGGUAUGUCAUUUCUCGCUCGCCCGGAAAUUAUCAACGGCUUCAACGGCGAUCGUGGGAGAUUGCAUCCGGCAGUUUCGGCGGCCGCUGAGUUUCUCAUGAAUAAGGAGUUGCUGGAGAGGAUGAGUCCGCCGGUUUUGUAUGGCGUCCUUCUCAAGCACGCUGAGUACCUUCCUGAAGGAGUGAGGGAAAUUUUGUUGGAAAUAUUUUCGCAGCGCGCGAUGGAUUUGCCUGUUGUUGAGCUGCAACGAUGUAUACUGAGUUUUGGCGCUUCGGGGGCAUUCCUGGAGCGGCUGAGUAAAUACUAUGGACUCUACGACGUUCAUAUGGACAAGCAAUUGGUUAAUCGGCAGUGCCUGGAAUCGCUGGGUCCUGUGAUGGGGUAUCUUUGUAAGAUUUCAAAGAAGGAUGGUAUGUGGAAAUUGGGGGAGAUGCCCUCGUUGUUGCUGCAUGCAGCGCAUUUGGCUACUGUUGUUGAGAAGGAGUAUAAAAUGCAUGCAGAUUUGGCGGUAUGUUUCGCGAAAGUUGGAGCGGAGAAAAUUCAGAGUAAAUCGGUUUAUGACGUGUUAGCAUCAGCUUUGGAAAAUUCGAGUAGGAUAGAGGGCGCGAUGGGCCUUCUGGGAGAAGUUUGCAAGGCGUAUGGUCUGCCGGAUCGGCGAGCGAAUUUCGGGGCGCGCGGUCGGGCGUCGGCAGCAGCGACGAGGUUUAUCAUUGAUUGCAUUGGGAGGAUGGGUGAGAGCACUGGAGAGGAGUUGGCGGUUUUUGGAGAAUUAUUGCGUGCCACGAAAUGGCCCAUGAAGCAAGCGUGGAUAAGUCUGAGCGCAGAAGCGGUCAAACGAGGUUGGAAGGCAAAUCGAUCGAGUGAUCGAUUUCGGCAAAAUGAUACGUCCCCACCUGCUGAAGUGGAGAGAAGUGGUUUCGUCGAGAAAAGUGGUGGUAAGCGGCUGAGCCCUGUGCAUGCGUACAGGUUAUACCACUCCUUCGCCAACUUGCAUGAGGGUAUGGCUGCGACGCUGCUACCUAUAGUGCUUGUUUCGAUACGACAGGAUGAUUCUCUGGAGUCGCUCGCCCCGCUCUUCCGUGCUUGUCGAGUUGGCGAUGUUGAAGUUGGUAUCAUGCGCGAGGCUGUUGGGAAAUGUACGGCUAGAACUGAGGAGGUUCCUCGAGAAACUCUAUGGGAAGCCCUGCGAGUUGCGUGCAUUGGUGGAUUCUCAGACGACCAGAUAGAACGCCUGGUGGAGCCGUUGUUGAGCGGUGAUGUGGAUUUGCCUGUAGGGAGGGAAGUUGCGAUCGGGUCGGUUUUGGUUGGACGGAAAAAGUCGGAAAAAAUAGCGCACAUUUUAAAACGGUUGGUUUUGGACGACACAUUUCUAUCGAAAUGUGAAGCGGAAGAAUUGGUGGAAGCUUUUGAACUGUGCAGUUGGGCUGGCGGCCGCACUACGGAGAAUUGGAAUUUUGCGGCGCAGCGAAAAGUCGGGGGAAAUCAUCAUGAUGAUGAUUAUCAUUCGGACCGGGCCCUGCUUGAGAGGCUACAGGAGAGGGUGGAGAAAGAGAGGAUAGCUGCUGAAGCCAUGCGGAAUUUGGGCGAACGGCAAUGCCCAUCAACUAAUGGGGUUACAGCUGGAAUGGGGUUGGCUUUCUUUCUGGUCGCAUUGGGUAACUGUAUCGAUGAGUAUCUUUUCACUGGCCACAUUUUGUAA